AUGGGCUUCAAUAAGGGUGAUAUUGAUAAGGUCCGGAUGACAGCACGGUUGGUGGUGUUGGUUGCGUGGGUAGCGGCGGGCCUAGUAAGGGCGUCUCCCGUGGGCGAGUUGCGGGCCGAGCACAGGGAGAUCCCACAGGACAUUUUGUCUGGCCUGCCUGUCGCCUCCCAAGACACAUUCAGUUGGUCCAAACCUGAUGGCAGUUAUAGGUUCGGCAUGCAGGGUGACGACCAGUGGCGCGUGGAGUCGAGAGAUUCUGAUGGCACCGUGCGCGGCCGCUAUGUGUUUAAAACACCGGAAGGCCGAGUAGUGGAUGUAUCCUACGACUCAGGAACUCAAGGUUACCGCGCCAGGGGCGAUGCCAUACCCGGAGGAGCUGCCCCGCUGGCACAAAUGCAACACACGGACGAUUUUGUGGCUCAGAAUCUUGGUUUGCUGAGGCAAGACCAGCAGCAGCAAGAUAUUGGCACCACGGACGAUUUUUCUAAGCCUUACGGUGCUCUCUUGUUGCGGGAGGUGGAAAAAACACUCCCCAGCGGAGAUGGUGUUUACACGUUUUCAGACGACAAUACUCUUGCCAUCGUUACAGAUAUUCGUGAAAAUAAAGCGCCGAAGAGGCCUGCAGCGGUGUUUCCUUUCGUAUUUAGCCCCGGUUCCUCGGAACAGCUCAUUGGUCCCCCGACCCUGGAUGGUAAGCCCGUUCUGCCUGGUGCCAUUCUUCUUUAAUUAAAGUUUCACCCGCAACGUGCGCCGCCCCGCCGCUCCCUGCCAGCCCAGGCCCGGUCAGCAUGAUGAUGUGAACCUCUCCAUUAGAGUAUUCAGCCAUUUGCAUUACUUUCUUCUACACCAUAGGAGGGUUCAAAACACGGGGGACGAGCUACCGUUCCAUCAGUAUACUUUAAAUGGACAUGCCGUAAGGUGCGUUACGCUGGAAUUUUUAAAAUCUCCCUAACCUGACCGACACAGAAAAUAGGUUGAAAACACCAUCAAAAUGGUAUCAUCACCUUUUCUGUAUUUUAAGGAAUCCUGAUGAUACCCAAGAGCACUCUACCUUCAGCACCUGAGAACCCACAAACAGGUUCCUCGCCUUUAGAAAAUAGGAAGGGAAGUGGACUGCCGAAAUGAGGCACCAUGACCAAAUUACCAAUUAAGGCUCCAGCUGAAAAGUACUGAACUCAGCCAGGGCUUCAUAUAUUAUCAAUACAAGACAAUACAGUUGAUACGCCAAGCUACAACCAUCCUCUCCCCCCUGUCUAUGAAGCAACACUGAUUACGUGACGGCACAACACUGCUGUUUGUUCUGGGCCUGACGGGGCGAGGCGCCCUGUGGAGCGGUCACACGUAUGUUACCGAAAGCUUUAAAGGGCAUUUUCCGUGUUUACCAAUCAAGGCGGUACGGUUGUUCCGGCGUGACAACACAAUCCCGCUGUAGACCCCCGCUGGUGUGUUGCCACUGUGAUGUUUGAAUAAAAAUUUAGUGGCAAACGUAA